GUCUAUUUCCAACAACAUGUGCACUACGGGAAAAGAUAUUGUAUGUAGGGCAGCUGUUGCCUGGGAGCCUCAUAAACCUCUGUCUAUUGAACAGAUUACUGUUGCUCCACCUAAAGCCCAUGAAGUUAGAAUUAAGAUUCUUGCUACUGGUAUUUGUGGAUCAGACAGCAGUGUACUGAAAGAGAUAAUCACUAGCAAAUUCCCAGUGAUUUUGGGCCAUGAAGGAAUUGGAGUUGUUGAAAGUAUUGGACCGGGAGUGACUUGUGUAAAACCAGGUGACAAAGUCAUCCCACUUUUUAUGCCCCAAUGUGGAUCUUGCAGAGCCUGUCACAGUUCAAACAGCAACUUUUGUGAAAAAAAUGACCUGGGUGCCAAAGCAGGUCUGAUGCAAGACAAGACCAGCCGAUUUACUUGUAGAGGCAAACCAAUUUACAACCUAAUGGGCACCAGCACUUUCACUGAAUACACUGUUGUGGCUGACAUAGCCGUUGCUAAAAUAGAUCCUAAAGCCCCCCUUGAAAGUUGCCUUAUAGGCUGUGGCUUUGCUACUGGAUAUGGUGCAGCUGUAAACACUGCAAAGGUAACUCCAGGUUCUACCUGUGCUGUCUUUGGGUUGGGAGGUGUUGGCUUCUCAGCCAUAGCUGGGUGCAAAUCUGCUGGCGCUUCACGCAUUAUUGGGGUUGGAACUCAUAAAGACAAAUAUCCUAAAGCCAUUGAAUUGGGAGCCACAGAAUGCCUAAACCCGAAGGAUUAUGAUAAACCAAUCUAUGAGGUCAUUUGUGAAAAAACUAAUGGAGGUGUGGAUUAUGCCAUUGAAUGUGCUGGACGCAUUGAAACUAUGAUGAAUGCAUUGCAAUCCACUUACUGUGGUAGCGGAGUGACUGUUGUGCUUGGCUUAGCAUCUCCAACUGAGCGUCUUCCCCUUGAUCCUCUCUUGCUACUAACAGGUCGGGCACUGAAAGGAUCUGUAUAUGGAGGCUAUAAGGGUGAGGAAGUCUCAAAGCUUGUAGAUGAUUAUAUGAAGAAAAAAAUCAACGUUAGCUUUUUGGUGAGCAGAACAAUGAAACUGGAUCAAAUCAAUGAGGCAUUUGCGCUACUCAGCAGUGGACAAGGGCUUCGGAGCAUUAUAGAGUUUUAAGCAGCAAAUGGAUCUCCCAGGAAAUUAUUUUUUCUUACAUUCUUUAAUCUGUAUCACACUUUUA